AUGAUCACCAACUUUACACAUGCUAAAGCACAAUUGAUUUACAACAGAAGUAAUCAUGUAACACUUAGAUCAUAUCAAACACAAUUUCAACGAAUAUCAGAUAGCAACAGAUCUUGUAAUCUAUUGAUUUGUAAUGCUCAUUACAAUCUUAACAAGAAUUAUAUAAAAUACUGUGAUUAUAUAAUAGAUAUUUCUCAAAUGAAUAAAGCAGAUAAUCUUUCAGAGAAAAUACCUUUGAAUGUAAAGAGUGUUUCUAUAAUAGAUUGGAAAGACAAUUGUAUAUUUAAUAUUUCAGAUAGUAGUAUAAGAGAACUGGAUAUCAAAUAUAGAAGCAACUUAAAGAUAUUGGCAGGUUCACUUCCAAACACUCUUGAAAAUAUAUCUAUCUUUACCACUUUCAAUGCGAAUGUGCUACCAAGCAGUAUUAAAACUAUGAUCGUCGAUAGUGCAGAUCAAGAAUUUAUUCCUGGAUUAUUCCCUCAGUCAUUGGAAUCACUGGAACUUGUUAUGUAUGACAAACCAUUGGGCGAAUACUCUUUGCCACCAAAUUUGAAAUCAUUGCAUUUAGCUUCAUCCGAUCGCCCCUCCAGAAUUGAUGUUGGACACCUCCCUAGAUCACUUGAAACCCUUAAAGUAGAUUAUGAUCUUGUUCGUCGAAUUAGGAACCUGCGGAUGCUCUCUCAAUUCCAAAGUCUGACAACAAUAGAUGGAUGCAGUUUCGAGUGGAUCUUUUUACUUCCACAAUCAGUAACCAGCCUGAAAAUUUACAAUAUCAUACUGAAUAAUAACUAUAUUGAACCUGGUGUCAUUCCAUCGACAAUCACCAGUCUUGACUUUGGUGAAACGGCAGAUUUCAAAUUGAAACCUAGCAGUAUACCAUCGAGUGUCAGAAACUUAACUAUUAUUGGUUAUAGACAUCGUAUGGAAGCCGAUGUCAUACCGAUUGGUGUCAAGCAAUUGGAGAUGACUUUGGAAUUGGAUGAUUUUUCAGUUGAAUGCAUUCCAAACACCGUGGAAACAUUGAGAAUUUAUUCAUAUAAUAUACAAUCAAAGUCUUUAGAUUUUCAUUCACUAUCAUCGAUAAAGAAACUUUCCUUCUUUGGUGAUAUAAAGAUAAGUAUAUUUCCACCGAAUUUGGAAUCACUAAGACUCAUUGAUAAUGGUGAAUUAAUAUAUUCAUCAUUACCACCGACCUUAAAGAAACUCAAACUAAAUAGGUCUAAUCUCGUCAACGAUACUUUGGAUGACAACAGUCGACACCACCAACCUAAAAGAUUGAUAAUGAAAGUAAUGCACUCUUAUUUCAAAAAAAAUACAUUGGAAGAUAUUCCAAUCUCUGUUGAAAUCAUAAAAAUCGAUCAAAAUGUAGAACUUAGAAGUUUAACAAGUAAAAAGUUAUAUAAUAAUAGAGAUAGAUAUUUGGACUACGAUCGAUCAAGAAACUUUCGUUUAACAAGUAAAAAGUUAUAUAAUAAUAGAGAUAGAUAUUUGGUAUUCAAUGAUCUUACAUAUGCCCAAGUUCAAUUGAUUUACAACAGAAGUAAUCAUGUAACACUUAGAUCAUACACCAAACAAUUUCAACAAAUAUCGGAUAUUCAAUCUUGUAAUCUAUUGAUAUGUGAUCAUAAAGCCAAUCUUAACAAGAAAUAUAUAAAAUUAUAUGAUUAUAUAAUAGAUAACAGUAGUAUAUGUGAACUCGAGCUCAGCACUGAAAACAAUACAAAGAUAUUAUCAGGCUCACUUCCAAACACUCUUGAAACGCUAUGUAUUAAUAACACUUUCAAUGCGAAUGUGCUGCCAAAUAGUGUUAGAACUAUGACAGUCGAUUGUGAAGACCAAGAGUUUACAACUGGAUUAUUCCCUCAGUCAUUGGAAUCACUCGAACUAGUUUUGCAUGAAAAUCCAUUGGUGGAACACUGUCUGCCACCAAAUCUGAAAUCACUCUAUUUGGAUUCAUCCUAUCACGAAACCAUUAUUGACCUUAGACACCUACCUCGAUCACUGGAAACUCUGGAAUUCGAUGAUAACUUUGAUGCUCAAAUUGAGAACCUAUCGAUUCUUUCUCAAUUCCAAAGACUGACAACCAUCAAAGGAUGCCACUUAGAAUGGUUGGAUUCACUUCCACCAUCGGUCACCAGCCUUAAAUUCGCCCGAAUCGAAAUCUUUAGUUUUGAUAAUCUAGAUAAUAACUAUAUUGAACCAGGUGUCAUUCCAUCGACAAUCACCAAUCUUGACUUUGGUGAAAUGGGAUCUUACAAAUUGAAACCUGGAAGUAUACCAUCGAGUGUCAUAAACCUAUCUAUUCCUGACUAUCGACAUCGUUUAGAAGCUGGUGUCAUACCGAUUGGUGUGAAGCAAUUGGACAUCACUUUGGAGGUGGGUGGCCUUUCAGUUGAAUGCAUACCAAACACUAUGGAAAAAUUGACAAUAUCUUCAUUUCGAUUACAAUCAAAGUCUUUAGAUUUUCAUGAACUACCUUUGAUUAAGAAACUUUCUAUCUAUGGAAGUAUAAAGAUAAGGAGAUUUCCACCAAGCUUGGAAUCACUUACACUCAUUGAAAGUAAUCAAAUAUUGUAUUCAUCAUUACCACCGACCUUAAAGAAACUCAGACUAGAGAGUACCAAUCUCGUCAAAGGUACUUUGAAUGACAACAGUUCACACCUCCACCAACCGAAAAGACUGAUAUUGAAAGUAUUGCACUCAUAUUUCUACAGUUUCGAAUUCAACAAAUUGGAGGAUAUUCCAGUCUCUGUUGAAAUCAUAAGAAUCGACGAGAAUGUAGAACUUCGAAAUAGUACUGAAAACAAUCUAAAGAUAUUAGGUUCACUUCCAAACACUCUUGAAAAGAUAACUAUCUAA